CCGCAAGAUAAUGCUCCGUCAUAGAUUUCGAAAUUGUGCAUGUUACCCGCUUUGGCGCCAUUAGGGAACUGGUUCCUGAAGAGUCGUUGCUUGGCGCUCUUGUCGGACCGGCAGCCGAGCUCAUCUUUCCGGCGGCGACAACCUACGCUCACGUUCGGCUUGGCAGUGUGUUGCGUGGACGCUGAGUGCAAGACGUGAUCGCACCCUCUCGGCUUUGAGAUGGGGGAGGACAUCGAAAAGAUCUACCAGAAAAAGUCCCAACUUGAGGGCCGACGACACCGACCAUUCAGAGAGAGAGCGGAGGCCGGCAGCCAGUUUGCGCAACAAUACAAUCAUACAUGCAUAUGGCACAAAUGUGUUUUGUCCAACCAGGCCAAAUCGAGUGACGCCCUAACUAGCUAAGCUAGUGCUAUCAAGUGCCGCUGGUAUGCGCGUAUACAAAAACAUGUUUUACUCCGUCCGGACACGUAUAUCGGUUCGGUGGAGCCGCACACCCAGAAGAUGUGGGUGUACGACGGCGAACAAGACGGGAUGCAGUUCCGGGAGAUCACCUACGUGCCAGGUCUCUACAAGAUCUUUGACGAAAUUCUCGUGAAUGCAGCAGACAAUAAACAACGCGACAAAAAUCAGGAUUGUGUCAAAAUUGAAAUUGACCCCGAAAAAAAUAUGAUCUCGGUCUGGAACAACGGAAAAGGUAUUCCUGUUGUGAUGCACAAGACAGAGAAGUGCUACGUGCCCACGCUAAUCUUUGGUCAUCUGUUGACGUCGUCGAACUAUAAUGAUGACGAAAAAAAAGUUACUGGUGGCCGUAAUGGUUACGGUGCAAAACUGUGCAACAUAUUCUCGACUAAAUUCACGGUGGAAACGGCUUCUCGAGAGAGCAAACGGGCAUUCAAACAGACCUGGACGGAUAACAUGACAAAAACAGCCGACCCGAAAAUUGUGGAUUCGUCUCAGGAUUACACAAAAGUGACCUUUUAUCCAGAUUUAGCAAAAUUCAAGAUGGAGACACUGGACAAGGAUUUCGUUGCCUUGAUCAGCCGGCGUGCCUAUGAUGUUGCCGGAUGUACGCCUGGUGUGAAGGUGUUUCUUAACGGAACGAGGUUGCCGAUCAAAUCGUUUAAAGACUACGUGCAGAUGUUUACGUCAAAAUGCCUGCAUGAGGACAGCGAUAAGCCGCUCGUUGUUGUCCACGAAAGCGUAAAUCCUCGAUGGGAGGUUGCCUGUUGCCUUUCACCUGAAGGUGAUUUUAAACAGAUGAGCUUCGUGAACAACAUUGCAACAACUAAGGGUGGUACACACGUCGAGUAUGUAGUGGACUCGCUGUGCAAAAAGCUGGCUGAGCAGGUCAAAAAGAAGAAUAAAGCUGGUGUCAACAUUGGCAAAAAGCAGAUCCGCGACCACAUGUGGAUCUUUAUCAACUGUCUUAUCGAAAAUCCCUCCUUCGACUCGCAGACCAAAGAAAAUAUGACUAAACAAGCUAAACAGUUUGGCUCGAAAUGCGAUCUGUCGGAGAAAUUUCAGAGCAAUGUUUUGAAAUGUGGUAUUGUAGAGGCGAUUAUGUCAUGGGUGCAGUUCAAGGCCCAGAAAGAAAUGAAUAGAAAGUGCUCGAAGAGCAAGGUGUCCAAGCUAAAGGGUAUACCGAAACUAGAGGACGCUAAUGAUGCUGGCACAGCCCGUAGUAUUGACUGUACGCUUAUUCUUACCGAGGGAGAUUCAGCCAAAACGUUAGCUGUAUCAGGCUUGGGCGUGAUAGGACGAGACAAAUACGGUGUGUUCCCACUCAAAGGAAAAAUUCUUAACGUUCGUGAGGCGUCGCACAAACAGAUUAUUGAAAACGCCGAAAUUAAUAAUAUAAUCAAAAUUGUCGGCCUUCAGUACAAAAAGAAAUACGAGAGCCAUGAUGAUAUGAAGACACUUCGAUACGGUCGGGUGAUGAUCAUGACCGAUCAGGAUCAGGACGGCUCUCACAUUAAAGGUCUGCUAAUCAAUUUUAUCCACCACAACUGGCCAUCGCUUCUGAAAAUGAAUUUCCUUGAGGAGUUUAUUACCCCGAUCGUGAAGGCCGUAAAGGGAAAUCAGGAGCUAUCGUUCUUUUCGCUUCCUGAAUUUGAGGAGUGGAAAACUGCUACGCCCAACUGGAAUACGUUCCGUAUAAAAUACUAUAAGGGUUUGGGAACCUCGACGGCUAAGGAGGCCAAAGAAUACUUUUCAGAUAUGCAACGUCAUCGCGUUACGUUUCACUAUCAGGGCGCUGAAGAUGAUAGCGCUAUUACACUGGCGUUCUCUAAAAAAAUGAUAGACGAGCGUAAAACAUGGCUUACGAAUGGUAUGGAAGAGCGUAAACAGCGUCGAUGCCUCGGUUUGCCUGAGAUCUACCUUUACGGCAAAAACACAACGUCGGUGUCAUUUAAUGAUUUCGUGCAUAAAGAGCUGAUUCUAUUUUCUAAUAUGGAUAAUGAACGAUCAAUUCCGUCGUUAAUUGAUGGUCUUAAACCAGGACAGCGUAAGGUAUUGUUCACCUGCUUCAAGAGGAACGAUAAGCGAGAAGUCAAAGUUGCCCAGCUUGCUGGAUCCGUAGCAGAAAUGUCGGCGUAUCACCACGGUGAACAGUCGCUAAUGAUGACAAUCGUCAACUUGGCCCAAAAUUUCGUGGGCAGUAAUAACAUCAACCUACUGCAGCCCAUCGGUCAAUUCGGUACUCGGCUGCAGGGUGGCAAAGAUUCUGCGUCACCCAGGUACAUUUUCACAAAACUCAGCCCAUUGGCACGAAGUCUAUUUCCUACUUCGGAUGAUCCCGUGCUCAACUAUCUCUUUGAUGAUAACCAGAAGAUUGAACCCGACUUCUAUCUGCCUAUUAUUCCAAUGAUCUUAGUUAACGGUGCUGAAGGUAUCGGCACGGGCUGGAGCACUAAGGUGCCAAAUUACAAUCCUCGAGAGAUUGUCGCAAACAUCAAACGUUUAAUUAACGACGAGCCACUAAAAAAAAUGAAGCCAUGGUAUAAGGGCUUCAGAGGCGAAAUUGAGGCUAUUGACGAAGGUCUGAGAUACGUCGUCCAUGGCGAGCUAGGUAUAUUGGGGUCGAACAAGAUCGAAAUUACUGAAUUGCCGAUCAAAACUUGGACCCAAACAUACAAAGAAAACGUCCUAGAGUCUCUGUUGCAUGGUUCGGACAAGGUCCCAGGUAUCAUCCAGGACUACAAAGAAUAUAAUACCGACACGACUAUACGUUUUGUAGUUCAAAUGGAUGAGCGAAACCUCGCUAAAGCCGAGGAUGAAGGCCUGCACAAAACCUUCAAACUACAGACGACAAUCGCAACUACCUCGAUGGUGCUUUUCGAUUCUAACGGCUGCAUCCGUUUUUACCAGAAACCAGAGGAAAUUCUUGAGGAGUUUUUCAAUGUCCGUUUACAAGGUUACGUCAAACGGCGUGAUUAUCUGAUUGGCUUGUUGACGGCAGAAGCCGAUAAACUCAGUAACCAGGCCAGGUUUAUCUUGGAGAAGUGCGAUGGAAGGCUCGUUGUGGAGAAUAAAAGAAAGAAGGAAAUGAUGAAAAUCCUUGUCGAGCGAGGAUACGACCCAGAUCCAAUGCUUAAAUGGAAAGACAAGAAUACCACUGAUCAGGAAAAAGAAGCCGAAGCUGGCCUUGAUGACGAAGAUGAGGAGGAAAAGUCCCCGGAAGUUCGAGAUGAUCUGCAGACGAAGAACUACGAUUAUUUGCUUGGCAUGACUAUGUGGAAUCUCACUUACGAAAAGAAAGAGGAAUUGCUAAAGAAGCGCGAUCAGAAGCUGUCUGAGCUUGACAUCCUCAAGAGAAAAACACCCAAGGAUCUUUGGAUGGCUGACUUAGACGAUUUUCUCGUUAAGCUCGAAGAGGUCGAGCGUAAAGAGCGAGAAGAACAACAAAAGGUCAAGAGCAAGGCUAUUCCGGCUCAAAAGACAAAGGGCGGACGGGCGCAGAAUAAGAACCCAGAGUAUAUGCCGUCUCCUGCCGCGGAACGUGUGCUUCCAAAAAUCGACGAUGCACUUAAAGAGAAGAUUGCCAAGGCGACGAAGCCAAAGGGAGAACCUGGAAAGCGAGGCCGCGCUAAGAAAGAGCUCAACGGUGAAGAAAAUGGCAAUGGCGAUAUUAAGGUAGAAAGCGGAACUCCGGUCAAAGAUGUAAAGCCGCGCAAAAAAUCCGACGGCAUGAAGCAAACAAAGCUGGCCUUUAAGAAAAAGAAUUUCAGCGAAAGUGACGAUUCCGACCAGGAAGGUAUGUUCGAGGGCACCGUCCCAGCCGCCGCUGCAGUCCCUGAAAGGCAAAGCAGCCGACGUGCGGCUUCAACGAAGAUCAAAUAUAACUUCAGCGACGAUGAUUCCGAUAACAAGGAAACUGCGUUCGGCCAGGAUAGCGACGGCGAGGUGGGUGGCUCAAUGAAAAACGACUACGAUGAUACACCUCCUAAAAAAACUGCUGCUACUCCGCGAAAGGAGGCCGCAGCCAAAAAAGCUGCCGUUGAUGACAGUCCCUUGUCUCCCCAUCCCCCAGUAAAUGUUCCCAGUGAUUCGGACUCGGACGAUCUUCCCCCGUUGAGCGCGAGGGCUAAGAAGGUCGAAUUUGAGUCGCCUGCUGCCGCUGCGAACGCAUUCGACGCCCUUAUGGGCAGUAGCCUAGGCGGAGGAACCGCCUCCAAUAACAACAAGCCAGCCGGGUCAGCGAAAAAACCGCCUGCUGCAGGCACUGCAAAGUCCAAGGCUAAGCCAAAGAAGAAGAAGGACUCCGAGGAUGAAGAUGACUUUGACGAUUUUAUCAACAGCGUUAAAAAGAAAACCAGUCGAAAAGCCGACAGCGACUCGGAUUUUGAAGCCGAACCUAAGCCAAAAGGCAAAGCGGCUGCAACAAUUACCACCACUACUGCAGCCAAGAAAAGGCCAGCACAAUUCUCCGAUGGAGAAGAUGCGCCAGUGAAGAAACCGCCGCAGAGAGCGCGCAAGAAAAUGUACGUCGAAAGCGAUGAUGAUGACGACGAUUUCAACAAUGAUGAUAAUGAUUCUGACUAUUAAAAAAAAACUUUAGAGGUAAUGUCAUUGGCGUUCCAGCAUCCCCUUAUACAUUGAACAUCGCUUAGGUGUUGCAUAAGAUCCAUUUGUACAUAGGCCGCUAUGCCGGUGUAUACUUACAUUAUACAUUCGAUACAUCAUCGAUGUCUACCUAUAUAUAUAUAUAUAUAUAUAUAUAUAAUUACUAACAUUUGACAGCUAUACAGAAAGCACUGUAUACACGAUACUCUUUACAAAUUUGUAUAUGGGAUAAAAGCACAUUUCUUUAAAUCAAUGUUUGUGCUAUGUAGUACUAAAUAGAUUCUGUUUCGAAAUCGUAAUUAUGUGGUACGGUAAAACUAUAAUAACAGUAGUGUUCUUAUUUAGUUUAAGACAAAACUUGCUUUGUUAGAUAUUGUGCUGUUCAAAACAAAAUACCCUAGGUUUUGACCCACCGUUGGACACGAACUGGUACAGCUGAGACAUAAUUCCCGGUUAUGAAAAGGUAUGCCAGAUAUUGGCAAUGCAGCAGACAAAACUUCGAGCUUUUAUUAGAGUUCGCUAGGAACAAUCGUUAGGUCUGGCUCCAGCUGUAGACGCACAGGUCCACAUCGAGGAGACCCACUGGAGGCGACCACUUGUCGGUUCACCAUUUAGAUAAAAAUUUUUCUGAUGCAGCUUUCCGAACCGCCUCUGCUCUUACACCGUGUGAAUACUGUCAAUAAAGUUGUAUCCUUUCAAAGAACACUCAUAAGAGUUUGUUCAGUCAGGUAGUAAGAUUAUUAACCAAGACAAAUGUAGCAAGAAUAUCUGAUUCUAAUACAAGAUACUUUCGAAGCACGUGCCUUUUUUAACAGUAAAAAAGCGCCUGUGUGAAAUGUGUACAACACGUUUACCCGCCAGCAGCUAUAACAAUACAAGGAGAAAACAAUUCAGCAUCAAUUUUUACCUUUUGCUGUAUUUGCACAGAUAAAAAUUUUGAAUACAAUAACGAAACAGGACACAUUCUUGAUAAGACAUAAGUUUAAGAAUCACUUUACCUAAUAUUAGUGGCUAAUCUGUGUUCAGGAUUAUAUACUUCCAGCUUUAAAAAAGUACUGGAACUUGUAUACCCGGGGCAGGCAUUCAGCUUCCACUGUAAAACAACAAUAUUAAGCAAUUAAAUUUACGGCUAAAAAUGAGACCAAGCGAUUGACUCCUUGCGGCCUACUGGCGAGAACAGCAAAAUAAAGCGUUUUAGUUCGUACAAGGAAAAUAUGCAUGUGCCGUGAAAAUCGCCCGGCAUAUUAAAAGAACUUAUAAAAAAAAAAGUUAUAAUGAAUUGCAUAAUUUGAUUUUGAACUUUAAACUUGAUUCAAAACGAACUUGAGUACUACAGGAAGAACUGUCUUUAACAAUCUUCGAAAAACAUCUGCCUAUGAGGCAGAAACUAAAUUUGUUCUUGAGUUAGUUUGUGCUUAAACGAACUCUUAUAAGGUGAUUUAAUUAAAUUUCGCGUCAAAAUCCUAGUGUUAAAGCUUCGUCGACUUCUUUUUAUUGAG